AUGUCCGGAGCGGGAGGCAAGUGGAUGGCCUCCUCCGUCACGGAGGGCCACAUCAAAAAGCUGCACGGAGCCGGAUACUUAGCCGCGGAUAUCGCGCAUCGGCUGCCCGCUGCGGGGCAGAUCGUUCCUACCCCGGAACCUCACGAGAGGGUAGUUUUCCUCCACCACUUCCUCCGCGGACUGGGGUUUCCCCUCCAUCCAUUCGUCCGCGGUCUCAUGUUCUACUACGGGCUGGACUUUCACGAUCUAGCCCCGAACUUUAUCCUCAACAUUUCGGCGUUCAUCGUCGUGUGUGAGGCUUUCCUCCGCAUCCGGCCCCACUUCGGCCUGUGGCUGAAGACCUUCAAUAUCAAGCCGAAGGUGGUGGGAGGCCAACAAGCGGAAUGCGGCGGAGCCAUGGUGGGCAAGAUGCCCAAUGUUAUAUGGCUUGAAGGCUCCUUCGUGGAGACCAUAAAGGGGUGGCAAUCGGCGUGGUUGUACAUCACCGAGCCGCGCGACACCAACUGGGUGGUGGCCCCCGAGUUUCGAUCCAGAAUCCCCACGCGGCUCACCUCCUGGAAAGAGAAGGGCCUAUCCUGGGGUUCAUCAGUGGAGCUGGACGGACUCCAGAAAUGUAUCCGGAAUAUGGCAAGCAAGAAGCUCAAGCUUGUCAACAUAGUCCAGGUCAUGCUCUUCCGCCGGAUCCUCCCGUGUCAACAACGGGAUUUCAACUUGUGGGAGUUCGACCUGGUCCAGCACCAGACUCUGAGCGAGCUCUUCGACACGACGCACAAGGAUGUCUGGAGGGUGCUGUUCAAGGGCGCCGAGGUCCCUCCCUCUCUCACCGAGGACCGCGGGCUAAGCGCGAAGCGCCCUCUUAAUCCCGACUGGGUGGGGGCAUCGGAGAAGAUCAACUGUACGCCCCCUCUGCCCAAAGCCACUGCGGACGCUCUCCUAACGGAGAUGCUGACUCCGGCUCCUUACGAGGUGCCGGAGAAGACCAAGAGGAAGGCCACGGGAACCCGAAAGAGUUCCCGACGCCAGGUGGUACUAGACUCAUCGUCCGAUGACUCUGCGAUGCACUCCUCCCCCGAAGAUGAGGAGGAAGAUGAAGAUGCUCCCCCUUCAGCCCGCCGCCGACCCCCGCAGCGGCCGCCGGGGUGCCGGCGGCAGUGCGGCAACGUGACCGUCCCCUACCCCUUCGGAAUCGGAGCGCGCUGCCACCGUGCCGAGGGCCGUGGGUUCCGGCUCGAGUGCGACGACACGCGCCGCCCACCGCGCCUGACCGUGGCCGGCUACGGCCACGAGGUGGUUGCCAUCUCGCUCGCCUCCGCCGAGGCCACCGUGCUGCUCAACGCCAGCCGCGCCUGCUACGACCGUGCCUCCGGCUCCGGCCGCGUUCUUGGCCGGCGGGAGUACCCCAUGGCCCUCAACGGCAGCGCCUUCCUCUUCUCCUCCAUGAAGAGCAAGUUCGUGGCCAUCGGCUGCCCCGACCUGGCCUACUUCGUGGACGACGGGGGGUACUACGUGACCGGGUGCAUGUCGGUGUGCCGGCCGUCGGAGCGCGCGCUGCCCGGGUCGUGCCGGGGCGACGACGGCUGCUGCCAGAGCAACAUCCCGCUGGGGCUGGCCUCCUACCGCCCGCACCUCCGCAGCUUCGGCCGGCGCCAGCAGCAGCAGGGAGGGACGUUCCUGGCCAACUCCACGGGCUGCGCCUACGCGUUCAUGGUGGACGCCUGGUGGUUCUGGUACGCCGGCUCCCACUUCAACAGGACGGGCGACUUCGCCGUGCCCGUCGUGCUGGACUGGGCCAUCAGAGGCGCCGGCGCCGGGGCCUCCUGCGCCGCCGUGCGGGAGAACGCCACCGCCUACGCGUGCCGGAGCGCGCACAGCGUGUGCCUGGACUCGACCAACGGCCCGGGCUACGUCUGCAACUGCAGCAGCGGCUACGAGGGGAACCCCUAUGUCCUCGGCGGCUGCAUCGAUGUGGACGAAUGCGCGCGACAUGAUCUGUACCCGUGCUACGGCGUGUGUACCAACACGCCAGGCAGCUACCUCUGCACAUGCCCCAAGGGGUGGAGUGGAAACUCUACCGUGCAGGAUGGUUGCCACCAGCAAGACAAAUUCACAUUAGCGUUGAAGGCUGUCACAGGUGUAAGCAUAGGAGUGUUCAUGGUGAUCCUGGCGUGCUUCUGGGCACACCUGAGUCUUCAGAAGAGGAGGAUGCUGAGAGCAAAGCAGAGGUUCUUCGAGCAGAACGGUGGCCUCCUCCUGCAGCAGCACCUGGGUUCGCUGGCCAGCUCCGGCGUGGCGUUCAAGAUCUUUUCCGAGGAGGAGAUCAAGAAGGCCACCGGCAACUUCGACGAGGCGCGGGUCCUCGGCCGAGGAGGCAACGGUGUGGUCUACAGGGGCGUCCUCCCCGGCGCCGGCGGCUCCACCACCGUUGCCAUCAAGAGGUCCAGGGUGGCCGAUGAGAAGCAGCUCAAGGAGUUCUCCAAGGAGAUGCUGAUCCUCUCGCAGAUCAACCACAGGAACGUGGUGAAGCUGCUGGGAUGCUGCCUCGAGGUCGAGGUGCCCAUGCUCGUCUACGAGUACGUCCCCAACGGCAGCCUCCACCGCUACAUCCACGGCGGCGGCGGCAAGAGCGAGGCGCCCUUGCCGCCCGGGGAGCGCCUUCGCGUCGCCGCCGAGUCGGCGCACGCGCUCGCGUACAUGCACUCGUCCGCCUCGCCCCCGAUCCUGCACGGCGACGUCAAGUCCGCAAACAUCCUGCUCGACGGCGAGCUCACCGCCAAGGUCUCCGACUUCGGCGCGUCAAGGCUCGCGCCCGCUGACGAGGCCCAGGUGGCGACGCUUGUCCAGGGAACCUGCGGGUACCUCGACCCGGAGUAUUUGCUCACGUGCCAGCUCACCUGCAAGAGCGACGUGUACAGCUUCGCGGUGGUGCUGCUGGAGCUCCUCACCGGGAGGAAGGCGUUCUGCCCGGACGGGCCGGAGGAGGAUGACACCAGCCUCGCAUUCUCCUUCGUCACGGCUGUCCAAGGGGGAAGGCACCGGGAGAUCAUGGACGGAAAUGUCAGGGAGGAGCUCGGGGACGAGGUGAUAGACGACGCCGCGGAGCUGGUUAUACGGUGCCUGAGCUUGACCGGUGAGGAGAGGCCGACAAUGAUGGAGGUUGCCGACAAGAUCGAGAGAUUGAGAAGCUGCGCAUGCAGAAAUGCAACCGUAUAGAAAAAAAAUAUUAGUGAGCAAAUGUUUAACUAUUUUUUCUAAAUAGUUUUUUU